CUGGUAAUGCUAAGAUUAUUACUAUGCAAAAUAAAUGCGACUUCACAAUAUGGCCUGGAUAUCAAAUAGUAAUUCCUUUGGCAGAGGGUGGAAGGAGAAACGUAGACAGUGGUUUUGAGUUGAGUGCUGGUAAAUCGGUGAAUUUUACGGUUGUCGAUUAUGCCACUAUCUGGGGUCGCACUGGGUGCUCAUUUAAUGAAUCAGAGUUUGGAUCAUGCAUCACCGGCGACUGUGAGGGUCGAUUAAGAUGUGGCGACAUAUUUGGCCGGCAGUUUAUACAUCAACAACCUGUCACAUAUGCUUAUUUGGAGUUUGGAAAAAAUGAAUAUCCUGAUUUUUUUGCAAUUAACGUAGGGGCUGGGUAUAAUGCACCAAUUUCUAUAAUACCUUAUGGUGGUAGUGAUGCCGGUGACAAUAAAUGCAAGGCUACAAGUUGCUCUAUAGACUUGAAAGAGAGUUGCCCAGAUGAGCUGAAGCAGAGAUUUAAUGGUAUUACUGUAGCAUGUCGAAAUCCUUGCUUUCAUUACCCUUCUGUUGAGCCUCAGUUUUGUUGCCCAUACUAUGGAUAUGAGAAAGACGAUUGCAAGCCUACAAAUUACUUUCAAGUGUUUGAGGCUGCUUGUCCUUCAGCUGGUUCCACUCCUGAAUUUGAUAUCUCCAGAUCGUCAAUGUGCUCAAAUGCUAAUAAUUACUUAAUUAGUUUUUGUUGAAACUUAAUCAAUUGCUUCCAUAUAGAAAUUACAUCGAUACACAUAACACUGUACAAGGAUUAAUGAAAUAAACAGUGACUUUUCUAUAUGAAAGGCUUUUAUUUCUUUUUCUUAUUGACAGUAUGUAGUAACUGUUAUACUUACAACUAUUGCACUGUAUGCAUAAACAUUAAUAGACUCUUUUCCAUUGCUUUAAAUGAUACGAGUGCGUCAUCAAGAUUUUCCUGUUUGCAUAAGCCAUCAAGCCAAAUAGACAUUUGGGCAGUGACCUUGAGAAUACAUGUACUCCAAAAUCUCUACUGCUCGCCAAAAGCCUUUUAUAAGUGACAGUAAGCAUUUCAUCAAAAAUUUUCUUUGCUUCAUCAAUCCUCACAGUAUCCAUAUCAUUGAAAAUUUCUCCUGCUCUAUUGAUUUUACCCUCUUUACAGAUUAAGGUAUUAAAUGUCACAAUGUCAUGAACUAAUCCGAGUUUGAGGAAUUUCCCCAAACUCCACACGGUGUAAGCAGCAGCAGCAGCAAUUAAUCAGAAUGUAAAGUGUGAGAUUCCUAAUGACAAUUUUUCUGAACAAGGAAACCGCCGUAUGGUAUUGUUUCAUUCUCACAAAAGCAGAUAAAAAUCGACCGAAUUGAACAAUGGAAGGGAGAAGAUGCAUAAGAAUGAUGUGAUUAAAGGAAGCUAGGGCAUCAUCGAUGUCUCUAAAAGUAGCAGAAUAGAAUUUAGAUCUCAUGCUUGCAUCCUUAUGAGAGUGAGUCGAAUUAGAAGAAGGGAAAGAGUGAAAUGAAUUGGUAAAUAAUAAGAUUGGAGAACACAUUUCUAUUUGGAGUUGAAAAUGGAAGCUCCUCCAAGUGCUUGUGAAAAUGCUUCGAGGGUCUUGCAACCAAAAAUCGUUGAUCUUUCUGAGCAAGCACAAAAUUUCACUGGUAUUGGGGCAAUAAAAAUGGAAAACUAAAGCAAGCCUUGAGAUAGUUCCUUUUCAAUCAAGCCCAAUAACUUAAUGGCUGAUUUUUGUAAUUUAAAGCAACAGAAAUUAAAAAACUUGAGUUUUAAUUUGUUCAAGAAGUCACAAGCCCUCAAUUUCUUAUACCAGAAUUACGUAUCAUAUUGAUCAACCACAAAUCCAGCCGUAGCCCUUGAACAUUUCAUUGGCAUGAAACAAUUCUGCUUGUCUGUUAAUUAAUUCAAAGCUUAUAAAUCUGGGUAUAUUCACUGUUCUACUCAAGUUUCAAAUGAUCUCUCUGAUGGCACUCUCUCAUUUUCUCCUCCUGAUUUUCGUUUCUCUCUUUGGUACUGACGCUGCUAAGAUUAUUACUAUACUAAAUAAAUGCGACUUCACAAUAUGGCCUGGAUAUCAAAUAGGAUUUCCGUUGGGAGACGGUGAAUUGAGACCUGUAAGUAGUGGUUUUGAGUUAAGUGCCGGUGCAUCGCUGAAUCUCACAGUAGCCCAUUAUGCCACUGUCUGGGGUCGCACUGGGUGCUCAUUUAAUGAAUCAGGUCUUGGGACAUGCAUCACCGGCGACUGUGACGGUCGUUUAAGUUGUGGCGAUGAUGAAACUGGCUGGUGGUAUAUAACUCCACAACCUGUCACGCAUGCUUCUUUGAGAUUUGGAGAAGACAAAUUUCCUGAUGUUUUUGCACUUAACGUAGGAGAUGGGUAUAAUAUACCAAUUUCUAUAACGCCUUAUGGCGGUAGCAAUGGCGGUGAAGGUAGAUGCAAGGCUACAAGUUGCUCCAUAGAUUUGAACAAGAGUUGCCCAGAUGAGCUGAAGGUGAGAUCAAAUGGUAGUACUGUAGCAUGUCGAAAUCCUUGCCUUCGAUAUUUUUCUCCUGAGCCUCAGUUUUGUUGCCCAUAUGGAUAUGAGAGAGGCGAUUGCCAGCCUACAAAUUAUUAUGAAGUGUUCGAGGCUGCUUGUCCUUCAGCUGGUGCCGCUCCUGAAUUUGAUUCCUCCAAAUCGUCAGUGUGCUCAUAUGCUAAUAAUUACUUAAUUAGCUUUUGUUAAAAACUUAAUCAAUUGCUUUCAUAUAGAAAAUACAUAAUACACAUAACACUGUACAAUGAUUAAUUAAAUAAACAGUGACUUUUCUACAUCAAAGGCUUCUUCUAUCUUAUGGUUUUCAUUGCCAAUAUUCCUUGGGAACUGCACAAUAGUUUA